CACACACACACACACACACACACACAGAGCGCCCAGAGUCCUGUUGGACAUAUCCAGUUUCAUGUUAAAACAGAGUUCAUUGUUCACUGAUGACAUUGAACACUGAAAUAAAACAGUGUGUCUCUUGUCUCCCCACCGUCUCUGAUUAUCUUCCACUUAUCUGGCGCAUUUUUAUUAAAGAGGCUGAAUAAGUGGGUUGUCUCAGCUGCUCCUGAUACCUCAGCAGGUGGGACGGGCCAAAGGAGUUCCCUUCAUGUUACCUACAUGAACAGUUGAAUUUCAGCACCGAGCGUGUGUGUGUGUGUGUAUGUAUGCAGAGACCGAAGAUGGUUUUUUUAACAACUAAAAUAAUGCAAAGGACUGCUCUCUUUGUGACAUUCGGUGGUUUAGUCACUUCUCUGAUUACCACCUUCAUUCCCCUGUGGAAGACUAUGAACUCUGACCUGAACGAGGUGGAGAACUGGUUCUCUGGCCUGUGGCACACCUGCCUCUACACAGAGGAGGUGGGAAUCCAGUGCAAGGCCUACGAGUCUGUCAUGGGACUCCCGCUGGACCUGCAGAUCUCCAGGGUGCUCAUGUCUGUGUCUAUAGGAACUGGAGGAUUGUCUGUGUUGGCUGCUUUCCCAGGUCUGGAAGGGGUUGAGAUGUGUGUCGGACAACCCGGCCGAAAGAGAGGGCUGCUCAUCCUCAGUGGGGUGUUGUCCUGGGUGUCGGGGCUCACAACACUGGCUCCUGUCUCUUUUAUUGCCUACACGACUGUGGUGGAAUUCUGGGACGAGGGUUUUCCUGAUGCAAUGCCGCGCUGGGAGUAUGGCGAGGCAAUGUUCUCUGGAUGGUUUGGAGGUUUAGCUCUGGUGAUUGGAGGGACCUUGUUCUUUGUAGCGGUGUGCAUGGGGGACUACGACCGGCAGCCACCAAGUUUCCACACCUGCCCAGAGCUAAAGCACAGGACAAAUCACUACCUGAAGACAGAGGUUUUAUAGACUUGUUACCAUCAGAUGCUUGUCUUCUGAACCUCAGCAUGUACUGCAAGCCUAUCAGCUUUUGCACUUGAGACUUUAAUUGACAUGACAUUUAUAUAAUAGUUGACACGAAUAACUAUGUCACAGACAAAAUGUUAAUGUGUUGAGUUGGUGAAUAAAUAAUUGAUUAAACUUAAAAUGUUCUAUU